UUCCCUCAAUCUAUUUUGGUUUUACGCAGCUACAGCCUGAACGAUACGAUUUUGCGAUUUUCCAUUGUGUAUAUACAUGUUCUUGUCAUUUGGGUCCGUUCAGAACACUUUCUGAAAGUUUGAGGCAUUGCAACGUGGGUGUAUAGAUUAAUUUCUGGUUGGUGAGUCCUGAGUGAGUAGAAGGCGCUAGUGUCUGCUGCUUUGCAGCGCUGCGUGGAUAGGACUCCAAACUUUUCCCUGCACGUCCGUGGUAAACUUGGAUUACUUCUUUCGCUCCUCCACAUCUACUUCCUCUCCCUCAUUUCCUGUCCAACUCUCUUUGAAAAUAUGAGAGAGAUGUCACAGAUAUGACAUCAACAACAACGAUCACUUAUCGAAAUCGACAGCGAGAAGGGGUCUCACGGAAAAUGCAGAAGAGCGUGCGAUAUAAUGAGGGCCACGCUCUAUAUCUGUCGGUUGUCGCGCGCAAAGAGGGCACAAAACGCGGUAUCCUGAGCAAGAAGUCUACGGAGAACAGUCGGUGGAACGACAAGUACUUCGCUCUCUACCAGAAUGUGCUCUUUUACUUCGACAAUGACCAGAGCACUCGGCCCUCUGGGAUUUACUUGCUGGAGGGGUGCACGUGCGAGAGGGUUCCCGCGCACAAAGGCUCCGCGGUCAGCAAGGAGACUGUGGACAAGCAGCAGCACUACUUCCUGGUGGUGUUUGGCCAUGACGGUCAGAAGCCUCUGGAGCUGCGGACAGAGGAGGAGUCAGACUGCAAUAAGUGGGUGGAGUAUAUCCAACAGGCCAGUUACUCUGACAUCAUCAUUGAGCGUGAAGUCCUGAUGCAGAAGUACAUCCACCUGGUCCAGAUCAUGGAGACAGAGAAGGUGGCGGCCAACCAGAUACGCACCCAGUUAGAGGACCAGGACACAGAGAUAGAGAGGCUGAAAGCAGAGAUCGUACUGUUGAAUAAGGACAAGGAAAGGAUGCUGCCUUGCCAGACUAAUGAAGAGGAGGAGGAUCCAGACAUUAAAAAGAUCAAAAAGGUCCAGAGUUUCAUGCGAGGCUGGCUGUGUCGGAGGAAGUGGAAGAUCAUUGUUCAGGACUACAUCUGUUCUCCACAAGCUGAGAACAUGAGGAAGAGGAACCACAUCGUAUUUAACAUGGUGGAGGCAGAGACAGAGUACGUAUGCCAGCUCUCUGUCCUGGUCAACUUCUUCCUCAGACCACUACGUAUGGCCGCCAGCUCCAAGAAACCUCCCAUCAGCCACGAUGACGUCAGCAGCAUCUUCCUCAACAGUGAGACUAUCAUGUUCCUCCAUGAGAUCUUCCACCAGGGGCUGAAGGCUCGGAUAGCCAACUGGCCCACUCUGGUGCUGGCGGACCUGUUUGACAUUCUGCUGCCCAUGCUGAAUAUCUACCAGGAGUUUGUGAGGAACCACCAGUACAGCCUGCAGGUCCUGGCCAACUGUAAACAGAACAGAGACUUUGACAAGCUGCUGAAGCAGUAUGAGACUAAUACUGCCUGUGAGGAACGCAUGCUGGAGACCUUCCUCACAUACCCCAUGUUCCAGAUUCCUCGUUACAUCAUCACUCUCCAUGAGUUGCUGGCACACACACCUCAUGAGCACGUGGAGCGCAAGAGCCUGGAGUUCGCCAAGUCCAAACUAGAGGAGCUGUCAAAGAUGAUGCAUGAUGAGGUGAGCGAUACAGAGAACAUUCGUAAGAAUCUGGCCAUUGAGAGAAUGAUCGUAGAAGGUUGUGACAUAUUACUGGAUACCAGCCAGACCUUUGUCAGACAGGGCUCACUGAUCCAGCUCCCAUCCAGCAAUGAACGGGGCAUGCUCAGUAAGGUCCGUCUGGGCUCUCUGUCACUCAAGAAGGAAGGAGAGCGACAGUGUUUCCUGUUUACAAAACACUUCCUUGUCUGCACACGCACCUCCGGGGGCAAGCUGCACCUGAUCAAGCAGGGUGGGGUGUUGACCCUGAUAGAAUGUACACUUGUAGAGGAGCUGGACGCCAAUGAUGAGGACUACAAUGCAGGAAGUCAGGGCUUAAACCACCUGGAGUUUAAGAUCAUGGUGGAACCCCCUGAUGGCCCCGCCUUCUCUGUCAUCCUAUUGGCUCCCUCCCGCCAGGAGAAAGCUGGCUGGACCAGUGACAUCAGUCAGUGUAUAGAUAAUAUCCGCUGUAAUGGCCUGAUGACCAGUGUGUUUGAGGAAAACUCUAAAGUCACUGUGCCGCACAUGAUCAAAUCGGACGCACGUCUGCACAAAGAUGAUGUGGAAAUCUGCUUCAGCAAGACGCUCAACUCCUGCAAGGUCCCCCAGAUCCGCUACGCCAGCGUGGAGCGGCUGCUGGAAAGACUGACUGACCUGCGCUUCCUUUCCAUCGACUUCCUCAACACCUUCCUCCACACAUACAGGAUCUUUACUACUGCUGCUGUGGUCAUGGACAAACUGGCUGACAUAUACAAGAAACCCUUUACCUCUAUACCGGUCAGGUCUCUGGAGUUGUUCUUUGCUACCAGCCAGGGGACGUGGGGCGGCGAGCACUUCAACAACAAAUCUCCCCGUCUCUGUCGCAAGUUCUCCUCUCCUCCUCUCACAACCCCCUCUCUCACCUCCUCCCCUGUCCACUCCCGCAAACUCUCCCUCUCCUCCCCCUUCCACUCCCGCAAACUUUCCCUCUCCUCCCCCUUCUCCUCCAAGGCAGGAGUCCUAGACCUCUCCAGCCCUUCCUCCUCUGCUGCUAACUCCCCCACCACUCCCUCCUUUUCCGGGUCUCCCACCUCCACCCUGGCUCCCUCAGGGUUCUCGUCCCCCCCUCCCACCACCAACCGGGCUCCGUCAGGGUUCUCGUCCCCCCCUCCCACCUGCACGCGGGCUCCCAGCCUGCCAACAAUCCCGGGGCUCUCCAACUUCCCUCACACCACCUCUCUGGACCAUCCUCCCAGUUCUCCGGAACCUGCCCCUCCAACGCUGGAAGACGGAGGAGGAGACAUGCCACGCAUCGACGCCUGCUGUGGGAAACUCAGACGCAGCAUCCGCAGGGCUGUUCUGGAGACCGUUUCUCUGGAGAAGUUCCUUCCAGAGUCUAACCCUCAAGUCAGCGAGGACAGAGUCCCCCUGACGGAGUCCCCCUGUCACUCCCCCUCUACACACAGACACAUGCGAUACAGACAGUCUGGAGGCUCCACGGGGGAGAACAAUCGUGGUACGAUGUCUCCAGCCUCAGCCUAUGCUAUUGCAACAGCAGCUGCCGGACACGGCAGUUCCCAGGGUUUCAAUAAUAGCGAGAGGACCUGUGACAAGGAGUUUAUCAUCCGUAGAGCUGCUACCAACAGAGUCCUCAAUGUACUGCGUCACUGGGUCUCCAAGCACUCACAGGACUUUGAGAUGAACAGUGAGUUAAAGAUGGGUAUAAUGACUCUACUGGAGGAGGUGCUACGAGACCCCGACCUGCUGCCUCAGGAGAGGAAAGCCACUGGCAACAUAGUAAGUGCCAUUUCUCAAGAUGAUCAAGAUGAUGCUCAACUUAAGAUAGAAGACAUCCUACAGAUGGUGCAGCAUAUGCUGGGGAGUGUAAAAGGCCACUCUGAAAUGAGCAGUUAUGUUUCACUAUAUUGGAUCACUCCGCGGCGGAGGGACACAUCCGAGACGGAGUGUCCCAAAGCAGAGUGUUUUGAUUCUCUGUCUGCGAUGGAGCUGGCUGAACAGAUCACCCUGCUAGACCACAUUGUGUUCAGGAGCAUCCCUUACGAAGAGUUUCUGGGCCAGGGCUGGAUGAAGCUGGACAAGUUGGAGAGAACUCCAUACAUCAUGAAGACCAGUCAGCACUUUAAUGAUAUGAGUAACCUGGUAGCGUCUCAGAUCAUUGCCCAUACAGACGUGGGCUCCAGGGCUAACUCUAUAGAGAAGUGGUUGGCUGUGGCUGGUAUCUGUCGCUGCCUCAACAACUAUAAUGGAGUUCUGGAGAUCACCUCAGCUCUCAACCGCAGCGCCAUCUACAGGCUGAAGAAGACAUGGGCCAAAGUCUGCAAACAGACCAAGUCACUGAUGAGCAGGCUACAGAAGACCGUGUCAUCAGAAGGCCGAUUCAAGAACCUGAGAGAAACCCUAAAAAACUGCAACCCUCCAUGUGUGCCCUACCUGGGGAUGUAUCUGACUGACUUGGCCUUCAUCGAAGAGGCAACACCCAACUUCACUGAGGAGGGACUUGUCAACUUCUCCAAGAUGAGGAUGAUGUCUCACAUCAUCAGAGAGAUCCGUCAGUUCCAGGGUGCGCCCUACAGGAUAGAGCACCAAGCCAAGGUUACUCAAUUCCUGCUGGAUAGGACUCUGGUGAUGGACGAUGACACUUUGUAUGAGCUGUCCCUUAAGAUUGAACCCCGCCUCCUUCCUAGCUAAACACAAAGAAACACCACACAGUUGGUUUCACUCCAGCUGGCACUUAGUGGCACUUAGUAUUUAGUAUUCUUAUUAUCAUCAGCUUGGUAACCAUGGAACCGAUGGACGGGAGAGCCCUGAGAGUCACCUGGUUUAGGGUUCUUGUUACUUUAGCAGCAUUGCCAAUGAACAACUCAUGUGAAGACGUGCCUUGCUUGUAAAUAUGUACAUAUCAAGAUGCUGUAAGACACUGUAUUAGUGGAGUGAUAACUGUUAUAAUGAUGAUCUUGCAUACAUUUCAAUGUAACAUAUAAUAAUAUAUGCCAUUUAACACACGCUUUUAUCCAAAGCAGCUUACAGUCAUGCGUGCAUACAUUUUAAGUAUGGGUGGUCCCAGGAAUCAAACCCACUGUCCUGGCGUUGCUAGCAUCAUGCUCUACCAACUGAGCUACAGAGGAUUCACAUUGAAGAAGACUGAACCCAGUUAGAUUUAGGUUUGGCUGUACCUGUGACUUCGAGAAGGAGAAGUUUAGCUGGCCAGACUAAUGGCAGCUGUGGGAAGAGACUAGUGAGGAAGGACAAUGGCUGUCUCUAUAUUGUCCUCUACUGGUGAACUAGUGGAAGGUCAGCCUCAUAUCUUAAAGUGAUUGUGAGCAUUCCCCAAAAUAUUUUUCAAAUCAAAUGUUAUUGGUCAUAUACACGUAUUUAGCAGAUGUUAUUUGCAGGUGUAGCGAAAUGCUUGUGCUUCUAGUUCCGACAGCAAUAUCUAACAAGUAAUAUCUAACCAUUUCACG